AUGAAUGACUCGGCCACCAAUGCCACCCUCUCGGGAUCUCUGCUUUAUUUCAACACCACCAUCCUGAACAUCACAUCUUAUCCAAACACCAGCUUUCUGGCCGUCACUAAUGCCACGACUGCGACUACGUUGGGCAUCACUCAGCCACGCCCUCAGACUAACGCCACGUUCACGGCUCUUACGACUCUGUCGAUUUUAACCACAACUCCUGCAGAAACGCCAGCGUCCAUGAACGUGCCGUACAUGGUCGCAGAGCUCGUCAUCGCCUUCCUGUCCACUGUGGGCAAUCUGCUGGUCUGUGCCGCUGUGGGGUUGAACCGCAAGCUGCACACAGUCACUAAUUACUUUCUGGUGUCGCUGGCAGUGGCAGACGUGUGCGUGGGGGCACUGGCUAUCCCCUGUGCCAUCAUGACGGGUCUGGGCAUCCCACGCCACAACCUGUACCUGUGUCUGCUCAUGCUGUCGGUGCUCAUCAUGCUGACCCAGAGCUCCAUCUUCAGCCUGCUGGCCGUGGCGGUGGAACGCUAUGUGGCCAUCUUCAUGCCCUUCCGCUACCACAGCACCAUGACACCUCGCAAUGCGCUGCUCAUCAUCCUGAUCACGUGGGUGCUGGCGUUCCUCAUCGGCCUGGUUCCGCUCAUGGGCUGGCACAAGACUCCGCCUGGAGACGGCUUCUGCUUCUUUGUCAACGUGGUGGAGAUGACCUACAUGGUGUACUUCAACUUUUUCGCGUGUGUCCUGACGCCACUCGUCGUCAUGUUCCUGAUCUACGCACAGAUCUUCCUCACAGUGAAGCAGCAAAUACGGCGGAUCGCGGCGGACCGCGGAGGCCAGGCAAACAGUGAGGGAGCCACCAAUAUCAAGAAGGAGAUGAAGACGGCCACGUCGCUCUUCCUCGUGCUCUUCCUCUUCACCGUCUGCUGGAUCCCGCUGCACAUCAUCAACUGCUUCCUCCUUCUGUGCCCUACCUGCUACGUGCCCCUGCCCCUCCUGCUCACCGCCAUCAUUCUGUCGCACGCCAACUCGGCUGUCAACCCUUUCCUCUAUGCCUACAAGAUGAAGUCAUUCAGAGAAGCCUUCAAAGGGAUUUUCCUGUGCUGCAGAGGCGGAGCUGAGGGACAGGAUCACCAUGACGACGGCCGCGUAGCCACCGUACACAAAUCCUGA